UCAUGUAUGCUGAGGAUGUUGCGCUGCAGUUGAAUGCCCGGAACACAGCGCAUGUAUCGUUUUCCCGAAUGCAUCGCUCGUAAUCAUAUUACCCAUAGCAGAGCCGUGGCGUGAACAUCUCUCCGGUCUCGUCCUGAUGAACACGUGCUAUUAGGCCAUCCGUUGACGCCAAAAAUGCGCUGGUCCCGGGCUCAGAGAUCAGUCAUGUAUGGCCUCACGGUCGUGUUCCGGGUCAUUGCCACAGUCUACGACGUGGUUACAUUGCCCAUAUAUGUCUUUGUUCAAUGGCCUUGGGAUCGGGUUCGCAAGCAGAAGACCGUCUGGGCAAUUCGUGUGAGGAAGGAUGACGCCUCGUCGGCCAUUAUCAGAACGACGCCAGACGUCACUUCGCCGAUGUUCAAAGGCAUCGGCACCAUGGACGCCCUCUUUCGGCGAACGGUGGAAAAAUUUGGAAAUAACAUAUGCUUAGGUUCGCGGGAAGUGAAGGACGAGACCCUCGAGGUCAUCCAAGGAAAAACCAUGGUGAAGUACACUCUGGGCGACUACAAGUGGAAGACCUUCAGGGAAGUCGACGUCAGAGUGGAGGCCAUCGGGAAAGGAAUUCGGUCGCUCGGGGUAGAGCCUCGAUCGCACGUCGUCAUAUUUGCGGAAACGAGGGAGGAAUGGAUGAUGGCCGCCCUGGCAUGCUUUAGGAACUGCAUCGUAGUGUGCACCAUCUAUGCCACUCUCGGGGACGACGGUAUCGUCCAUGGUGUGAACGAGACGGAAGUCCACGUUAUUAUAACGUCGGAGGAGCUGCUAUCGAGGCUUCAGCAUCUCAUGACUCGGCUGCCUAACAUUAAGCACGUCGUCUACAUGCGUGCAAGAGGGAAAUCGGGCCACAUCCCGCGAAUGGGCGAUGCCCAGGUGUUACCCUUCGACGCGUUGUUACGUUUGGACGACGACAAAGUGUCUACGGACACGGUGGUGCCUGAGCCCGAGGACCCUGCGAUUAUUAUGUACACCAGCGGAUCUACUGGACAACCUAAAGGCGUUAUAAUCACCAACAGCAACAUGAUGGCCUUCAUGAGGGGCGUUGCCAAUGUACUCUACAGAUUCGGGCCCGAGGAUACCUUCAUCGGAUUCCUACCGCUGGCCCACGUAAUGGAAAUUGCCGCCGAAUCCGUGUUCAUGGCUUUGGGAGUCAGGAUCGGGUAUUCGAGCCCGUUUACUCUCACGGACAAAGGCACUGCAUUGAAACCAGGCAUUCGUGGAGACGCAACAGUGCUCACACCCACGGUCAUGAUUGCGGUUCCGCUGUUGCUGAACCGCAUUCAAAAAGCUAUCGAAGAAAACAUUGCAAGCAAGGGAUGCCUAAGCAGAGCCCUCUUCCGUUUCGCUGUUGACUACAAGGCCUUCUGGAGAGCGUACGGGUUCACCACGCCGUUUCUUAACACGGUUGUGUUUAGGAAAACGAAGCAGGUGUUAGGCGGCCGUUUGAAGCUAAUCAUCUGCGGUUCCGCACCGCUCUCGCGGAAGACCCACAGGUUGCUUUCCACCUGCAUGGAUUGUCCCGUAGCUAUUGGCUAUGGUCUCACGGAAACUACAGCCGGUGCUACGCUGCAGGAUGUGGAUGACAACGAGUGUCCCGUGGCAGGUCCGCCACUUACUGGCACGUACAUCAAGUUGGAAGACUGGCAAGAAGGUGGCUAUUCUACGCGGGACGUACCAAACCCCAGAGGCGAAGUCGUCGUUGGAGGACCCACCGUCACUGCAGGCUACUACAAAAGACCCGAACUAACGGCGCAGUACUACGAAGAGAAGGACGGCAUACGCUGGUUCCAUACGGGAGAUAUCGGCGAACUGCUGCCCAACGGGAACGUCAAAAUCAUAGACCGCCGCAAGGACCUGGUGAAGCUUCAGUAUGGAGAGUACGUUUCCUUGGGCAAAGUGGAGUCCGUCCUGAUAACGAACGCCCUCGUAGAUAACGUAUGCGUGUGCGGCAAUUCGCUUAGCACGUACACGGUCGCACUCGUCAUGCCCAAUGAGGCUGCACUGAGAGAAUUUGCACGAUCCUUGAACAUUGGCGAGAAGGCGAGCAUGGAGGUCAUCUGCGAGGACCCUAAUGUCAUCAGCGCUGUAACCCUUACCUUGAUAGGGCAUUGCCAAAGAGGCGGCCUCAUGAAAUUCGAGAUCCCACAAAAGUACAAGCUGUGUAAAGAGGUGUGGUCACCCAACAACGAACUCGUGACGGCUGCGCUUAAGAUUCGACGUCUCCAGCUGUACAAAUUUUACGACAAAGACAUCAAGGCUCUGUACAGCGAAGGAUAGCCGUUAGGUCGUCUGCCACCACUUACCGAAUUACUGUGUGCAUUCACACGGGGAACGAAGGACGUGCACUUCGGUAUGGUUACAAAUGGUGAUUGAUUGCCACGGAACAAUACAGAAUAUUGACGUGAUA